AUGGAAGACAAGUUACACAGCAACUUGACCAUCACCAAUGAUUCAACUUCUAGCCAAAAACCACUUGAAGGCCAUAGUCUUUGGGAAGUAAUCACCAUCGCUACUGUAACGGCCAUUUUAAGUUUGAUAACCAUUGUGGGAAAUGUUCUGGUAAUGAUAUCAUUCAAAGUCAACAGCCAGCUCAAAACAGUGAACAAUUAUUAUUUACUCAGUCUCGCCUGUGCAGACCUUAUAAUUGGAAUAUUUUCUAUGAAUCUUUAUACAUCAUACAUAUUAAUAGGGCACUGGUCUCUUGGAAUUUUGGCAUGUGAUUUAUGGUUAGCACUCGAUUAUGUAGCUAGUAAUGCUUCAGUAAUGAAUUUGUUAGUCAUCAGUUUUGACCGAUAUUUUUCUAUUACACGGCCUUUAACCUAUAGGGCUAAACGCACACCCAAAAGAGCUGGGAUUAUGAUUGGUUUGGCUUGGCUGAUUUCUUUCAUUCUAUGGGCACCUGUAAUCUUAUGCUGGCAGUACCUUGUAGGGGAGCGGACUGUCCCACCUGGAGAAUGUCAAAUACAAUUUUUGAAUGAGCCUAUUGUUACCUUUGGUACCGCAAUUGCUGCUUUCUAUAUCCCGGUUUCGGUGAUGACUAUUUUAUAUUGCCGCAUUUACAAAGAGACUGAAAAACGAACCAAGGAUUUAGCUGACCUUCAGGGCUCCAGUUCUGUGACUGAGUUUGAAACAAUAAAGCCUCAGAAAACACUGCUGAAAUCAUGCUUUAGCUGCAGGCAACAAAAUUUGACCAAAAGAGACCAAUCUCAGGCUUCGUGGUCUUCAUCCAGUCGAAGUACUUCUGCCACAGCAAAAGCAUCUCAGAUUCAAAAUACCUGCCAAGAUUGGUCGAAGGCAGAGCAGCUGACCACUUGCAGCAGCUAUGCGUCAUCGGAAGAAGAGGAAAAAUGUCCACCUGAUCCACUCUUUCAGGUAGCUUAUAAGACCCCUGUAAAAGGGAAGGUUGAUGAGCAAAAAGAAGAGAAAAAAGAAGCUUUUAUCAAAGACCAACAUAAGGAGAAUGACUAUGACACCCAAAAAUAUUUUCUAACCCCAACCAAAAGUCAGGUGCAAAAAAGUAAUAAAUGUGUAGCUUAUAAGUUCCGGUUGGUGGUUAAAGCUGGUGGUGCCUCAGAAACUAACAAUGGUUGCCGAAAAGUCAAAAUCACUCCUUGUUCUGCCAGUUUAUCCAAAGACGCUUCCAUCAAAAAUAUGGAUCCUAAUCUAAGUAAUCAAAUUACUAAAAGGAAAAGAAUGGUUCUUAUAAAAGAACGUAAAGCAGCCCAGACUCUAAGUGCCAUUCUUCUAGCUUUUAUAAUUACCUGGACCCCCUACAAUAUAAUGGUAUUGGUUUCCACAUUCUGUUCAAAUUGCAUUCCUCCAACAUUGUGGCAUCUUGGCUAUUGGUUGUGCUACGUAAACAGUACUGUGAACCCAAUUUGUUAUGCCUUGUGUAACAAAACAUUCAGAAAAACCUUUAAGUUGUUGCUUUUCUGUCAAUGGAAGAAGAAAAAAAUUGAAGAAAAAUUAUAUUGGCAGGGUAAUACUAAGCUGCCUUAA